CUGCUGCUGUUUGGCAUCAUCUUAUGAUGUCAUCAGAGGAGUACGACGCGGACUGUUUUGGUUUGUACAGCGAUGAGAACGAUGUGCUGCUGAAGGCGACGGCAACAACAACAUCAUUGGAAGCAGAAGCUGAGUGUAAGCUGCAACCCCCACAGCAGGCGAAGAGCGCAGCGAUUGCCCUGCCACCACCAACAACACUGCAGCCUCUACAGGCAAGCAACGGGAACGGCAACGGCAACGGCAACGGCAACAGUCUCACAAAUAUACCAAUACAAAUAAACGGUAGCGACGACGCGGCGAAUUGCGGCGAAAACGCUAGCGAAGCGGAGAAGCAUUGCAAAGGCAAAGGCAGCAGCGAUUCGGACGACGACGACAACGACGAGGGCGACUCUGACUCGGACGACGUCGUCGUAAUCGAAGGCAACUGCAAGGCGACGACGACGACGACUGUAGCGGCGGCAGCGCCAGCCAACAGUAACCGUCGCAGUCGCAGCCGCAGUCGCAGUCGCAGUCGUAGUAGUCGCCGCAACGCACACAAACGACAAAUCAGUCAGUCAACGGCCGUCGACAAGACAACAACGUGCGCGGCUAAAAAACCAGUGACUACAGCACCGACAGCAACCAAAGUUGCCAACAAUUGUAGUAACAGUAACAACAACACGAACUCGACAUCGACAGCGAGCUUAGUGAGAAAUCGUCGCACGCGCACGCGAUCCUUGAGCAAAGACAGCAGCAAUAUCAGUAACAGUAAUAGUAAUUUAAACAGUAACAGUGUUGGUAAUAGUGUUAACAAUAAUAGCUGCAGCAACGGCGGCGCAACGGCAACCGCUGCCUUCAUGAGUAGCGCUGCUGCGGCUACUGCGGGUGCCGCUGGUGGUGCACUCUACACUAACAACAGCAACAACAAUAACAGCAACACAAACAACUCGAACCCAAGUCCAAUYGCAACAACAAUUGCCACACCAGCAACAACAACAUCAGCUACAGCUUUAUCCGGCUGCAGUUCGCCGGGCUCCGUGAACUCCGCUUCAUCGCUGCUGACGGCAGCCUUUGGCAAUCUCUUUGGCGGCUCCUCGGCGAAAAUGUUAAACGAGCUGUUCGGGCGGCAAAUGAAGCAGGCACAGGAUGCCACCAGUGGGCUGCCACAGACUCUGGACAAUGCAAUGUUGGCAGCAGCCAUGGAGACGGCCACCAGUGCCGAGCUGCUAAGUGCGGCCGGGCUGGUCAACAGUCUCAAUACCAGUAAAUUGCUCAAUAACAACAACAAUAACAACAACAACAUACCGCUCAGCAAUGGCAGCAAUAUCAAUGCCUCGAUAUCGCCAGGAUCGGCGCAUUCCUCGACGCCCAAAGGCGGCAACAGUCGCCGUGUGUCGAACAGCAGCGAUCGAUCGCUGGAUGGAAAUMUUGGGGCAGCGGCAGCAGCAGCAGCAUCUGAUGUUGCUGGUGGCUCGCCGCCGCGUGCUGCUUCGGUGAGUUCGUUGAACGGUGGCGCCAACAACACGCACGAGCAACAGCAGCAGCAGCAGCAGUUGCAGCACGAUUUGGUUGCACAUCACAUGCUGCGAAAUAUAUUGCAGGGCAAAAAGGAGCUGAUGCAGCUCGAUCAGGAGCUGCGCACUGCUAUGCAACAGCAGCAGCAGCAACAACAGCAGCAACAGCAGGAGAAGCAACAACAGGAACUCCACUCCAAGCUCAACAACAAUACCACCAACAACAACAAUAACAACAACAACAACAAUGUUGUCUCUGAGAGCAUCAACCUGAUCGAGGACUGUGAAAUGCCAGAGAUCAAAAUCAAAAGUGAGCCCGAGCUGAUGGGCACGCAUGCAACAACACAUGCGCCACACUCGCCACACGGCGGCAGCAGCCACAGCCACAGCAGCAGCAGCAGCAGCAACAGCCACAACAGCAGCAGCAACAGCAUCGCCAGCAAUGGCAGCCUGCGACGCAAGUCCUCCGAUUCCCUGGACAGCAUGCAGCGCGAGGAGCGUGCCACGCCUGCAGCGGUGGCCGAGUCACAGCUGCAGAAUGAAGUGCUGCCCACCAAAAAGGAGACCGUGGAGGAUAUGCUCGAGGAGGUGGAGCUGCUGGGCCUGAGUGGGCAUGGCCAUUCGCGCAACUCGGAUCUGGAGUCGCUGUCGUCGCCCAGCCACUCGGACAUGAUGCUGCUGGCAAACAGCAAGGACGAGGUGCUGGACAACGACGACAUCAUCGAGGACGACGAGGACGACGAGGAUGAUGACGACGAUUGCAUUGAGACCAAACGGGACGCCAACAGCAGCUCCACCUGUCUGAAGAAACCGGGCAUGGAGCUGAAGCGCGCACGCGUCGAGAACAUCGUGUCCAGCAUGCGAUGCAGUCCCUCCUCGGUCACGGCGCAGGCCGGCCAGCUGCAGGUGAAUGGCUGCAAGAAGCGCAAGCUUUACCAGCCCCAGCAGCAUGCCAUGGAACGCUAUGUGGCCGCUGCGGCGGGCCUCAACUUCGGACUCAAUCUGCAGAGCAUGAUGCUCGACCAGGAGGACAGUGAGUCCAACGAGCUGGAGUCGCCGCAGAUCCAACAGAAGCGCGUCGAGAAGAAUGCGCUCAAGUCGCAGCUGCGCUCCAUGCAGGAGCAGCUGGCCGAGAUGCAGCAGAAGUACGUGCAGCUGUGCACGCGCAUGGAGCAGGAGUCAGAGUGCCAGGAGCUGGACAAUGACAAUGAACAGGACAUGGAAAGCAUGGAGCAGGAGCAUGAGCAAGAGCAGGAACAGGAGCCGGAGCCAGAGCAGGAGCCGCAACAAAACGAUGACAUCGAUCUCUCCCAUUCGCCCACGCUCAGCGAGUCGACGCCCAAGGAUUCAGUGGAGCGGGCUGGCUCCAGUUCGCCCACGCUGAAGCCGCAGAGCAACAGCAGCAACAAGAGCAGCAGCGACAAUACCGCCGUCACCACGCCCAACAUGCUCACCCAGAUGAUGAGCAAAAUGAUGUCCGGCAAGCUGCAGCAGCACAAUCCCCUAGUGGGUGUGCCGCACCCUGCGCUGCCGCAAGGCUUUCCGCCUCUGCUGCAACACAUGGGCGACAUGUCGCAUGCCGCUGCAAUGUACCAACAGUUCUUCUUCGAGCAGGAGGCGCGCAUGGCCAAAGAGGCUGCCGAGCAGCAGCAGCAGCAACAGCAACAGCAACAGCAGCAACAACAGCAGCAGCAGCAACAGCAGCAACAACAACAGGCGCAACAAGAGCAGCAACGUCGCUUUGAGCAGGAGCAGGARCAGCAGCGACGCAAGGAGGAGCAGCAGCAGCAGAUUCAGCGCCAACAGCAACAUCUGCAACAGUUGCAACAACAGCAGCAGCUCGAGCAACAUGUUGCCGCUGCCACACCACGCGUCCAGCUCCAUCCACCCGCUCGCUUGCCUACGCGCAUGGGUGGCGCCGCUGCCGCACACAGCGCACUGAAGUCCGAGCUGUCCGAGAAGUUCCAAAUGCUGCGUCAGCAGAGCAGCAACAACAACAGCAGCAGCAAUAGCUCGAUGAUGCGCAUGUCCGGCACCGAUCUGGAGGGCCUGGCCGAUGUGCUCAAGUCGGAGAUAACGACAUCGCUGUCCGCCCUGGUGGAUACGAUUGUCACUCGGUUCGUGCACCAGCGGCGCCUCUUCAGCAAGCAGGCGGACUCGGUGACCGCAGCUGCCGAGCAGCUCAACAAGGAUCUGAUGCUGGCCUCCCAGAUACUCGAUCGCAAGUCGCCGCGCACCAAGGUCGUCGCGGAUCGCGGCCACGGCGGCAGCAGCAGCAACGCCARCUCGGGCGCCCAGAGCGGAUCGGCAUCGGCCAUACAAUCAGGUAACAAUAACGCCUCACUACUACUAGCUAAUAGUCAGCAGCAAGCGAGUCAGGGUCAGGGCAACAGCAGCAGCAGCACCAGCAGCAGCACUGUCAGUCAACAGCAGCAGCAGCAACUUGCACAGCAACAGCAGCAGCAGCAACAGGCCGCACAACAACAGCACCAACAGCAGCAACAGCAACAGCAGCCUCUCAAUCAAUCGCAAGUGAUGUCUGCAAUGGCAGCUGCACAGCAGCAAUUGCCCAAUUGCCAGCAACUGAUUGCUGCGCCCCGUCUCAAUGGCAAUCAAUUGUCGUUUGCCUCACCCGCGGCCGCUGCUGCCGCCGCCAUGGGCCUGCAAAUGCAUCAUGCUGCCGCCGCGGCUGCCAUGCAGCAGCAGCAACAGCAGCAGCAACAGGCGAGCGAUGUGGCUGUUGCUGGAAGCAAUGCGGUCAAUAGUGUUAAUCAAUCGAAUGCAACUAACAAUAGCUUAAGUUCACUUAAUAUACCACCACCUCACAUACGUCCCUCGCCCACAGCAGCGGCCAUGUUUCAGGCGCCCAAAACGCCGCAAGGCAUGAAUCCGGUAGCUGCGGCAGCGCUCUACAAUUCGAUGGCAAGUCCCUUCUGCCUGCCGCCCGAUCAACAGCAGCAGCAGCAACAGCAACAGCAGCAGCAGCAGGCCGCACAGCAGCAGCAACAGCAACAGCAGCAGCAGCAAACCGCCCAACAGACGCAACAGCAGCUGGAGCAGAACGAGGCAUUGAGCCUGGUGGUGACACCGAAGAAGAAGCGUCAUAAGGUGACCGAUACACGCAUUACUCCGCGCACCGUCAGCCGGAUUCUGGCUCAGGAUGGCGUUGUGCCGCCCAGUGGACAGGCAGCGGCCGCAGCAGCAGCAGUUGCUGCCGUACAACAGCAACAACAGCAGCAGCAGCAGCAGCAACAGCAGCAACAGCAGCAGCAGCAGCAGGGUAACAACGGCAGCAGCAACAACAACAAUGCCACGCCCGCACAGAGCCCAACGGGCCGCGGUCAAUCCUCUGGCACGUACCACCCGCCUCCACCACCACCACCACCCAUGAUGCCAGUGUCCUUGCCCACAUCGGUGGCCAUACCAAAUCCAUCGCUACACGAAUCCAAGGUCUUUUCGCCGUACAGUCCAUUCUUUAAUCCGCAUGCGGCGCCGGGUCCACACGGUCCGCCACAUGGGGGCCAGCCCACCGCUGCACAAAUGCACCACCAGCACCACCAUCAGAUGCAGCUCUCAUCGAGUCCGCCCGGCAGCCUUGGCGCUCUAAUGGACUCGCGCGACUCACCGCCACUGCCACAUCCGCCAACGAUGCUACAUCCCGCUCUACUGGCAGCCGCCCACCAUGGCGGCUCGCCGGACUACAAGACCUGCCUGCGAGCCGUCAUGGACGCCCAGGAUCGGCAGUCCGAGUGCAACUCGGCCGACAUGACAUUCGAUGGCAUGCAGCCUACUUCUUCAACAUUGACACCGAUGCACCUGCGCAAGGCCAAGCUGAUGUUCUUCUGGGUGCGCUAUCCCAGCUCGGCGGUGCUCAAGAUGUACUUCCCGGACAUCAAGUUUAACAAGAACAACACAGCACAAUUGGUGAAAUGGUUCUCGAACUUCCGAGAAUUCUACUACAUACAAAUGGAGAAAUAUGCACGACAAGCUGUCACUGAAGGCAUCAAGACACCCGAUGAUCUGUUGAUUGCUGGAGAUAGUGAAUUAUAUCGCGUGCUCAAUUUGCACUACAAUCGCAAUAAUCACAUUGAGGUACCCCAAAAUUUUCGCUUUGUGGUCGAACAGACACUGCGUGAAUUUUUCCGUGCAAUACAGGGUGGCAAAGACACCGAGCAAUCGUGGAAGAAAUCCAUAUACAAAAUAAUCUCACGCAUGGACGAUCCCGUGCCCGAGUACUUCAAGUCGCCGAAUUUUUUAGAGCAGCUGGAAUAAGUGGAGGAGUUGGCUAUGCCAACGAUGCCACCACCUCUCGAUCAUUCUACGAACCCUGCUACAACAACAACAACAUCAGCUACUACAACACUAACAGCUACAACAAGAACUACUGCAACAACAGCAAUGCCGAAAGCGAAGCGAAGACAAAAGUUAAAAAGUUAAAUCUACGUAAGAAAUACAACUGGAUAUAAUGCAAAGUAUCAUUGUAUUAUUGAACAAACAACAACAACAACAAUAACAAGAGGCAACACACAUUUACAUAAGUAAUCGCAAUAUUUAGGCCUCUCGUCGAAAUUUUAAGGUAGAAACACAAACAAC